AUGGCUUCCAACCGCACUUUCGUGUUUUCGGCGGUCGCUGCGGUUGUUGUCGGUCUGGGGAUUUGGCAUUGGCGAGACGAACUUGUGCCGGCUUCACAGAAGAGCAAUAAGUCCAAGUUCAAGCCUGGAAAGGAUGGACGUUACACCAUCUCGGCCAAGGGAAUCAAGGCCCAGUUCAUCCCCUACGGCGCAACACUUACCAACCUGUACGUCAAGGACAAGCGGGGAAAUGAUGUCGACGUCGUUCUAGGAUACGAUGACGUUGAUUUCUACCCCGUCGACCCUGGCCACCCUGUGUACAAUGCGAUUCCUGGCCGUUACGUCAACCGCCUGAAGGGCGCGCAAUUUACCGUCGGCACCAAGACGUAUCACACGGAGAAGAACGAUUCCACCAACACUCUCCACAGCGGCAGCAACAACUGGUCGUACCGCUUCUGGGAUGUGACCAGCCUCGCAAGCGACUCUAUCACCUUCUCCAUCUCUGAUGCUGAGGGCGAAUCCAAGGGUUUCCCUGGACGUGUAGAGGCGUCCGUCACCUACAGCGUGGCCGAUGGCAAGUGGAACAUUAGGAUGGAGGCCACUUCCCCCGAAGCCAAAACCCCCCUCAUGCUCACCCAGCACACCUACUUUAACCUUGAGGCCUACCGCAAUCCUUCUACCGACAACAUCUGGUCCCACACGCUGCAUAUGCCCUACGCCAAGCGCUUCCUCCCGAUUGACUCCUUCGGCCUCCCCACCGGUGCCAUUGCUUCCGUGACCCCUGGCCACAUUAUGGAUUUUGCCUCUCAGCCUGACCUCCCCUUUGGCCGCGCCCGCGACACCCCUGACUUUGCCACCAACGCCGGCACGGAGGGUUACAACCACUUCUGGCUGUUUGACGACGUUCCCUCGCCCGAGACGGUCGUCCUCACACUCGCGAGUCCCUGGAACGGCAUCAAGGCUGAUCUGAGAACGGACCAGCGCGGCGUGCAGAUCUACUCUACGGGAUGGAGUGAUGGAUCUGCUGGGCUGAAGAGCACGCAGGGAACGGACAAGGUGAAGACCAUGGGGCGAAGCUCGGCCGUGGCCAUUGAGCCGCACGACUUGGUGGACGGUGUCAACAAGUAA